AUGGGUUCAUCACAAUCCUUUGAAAGGCUUACCUUGCCAGCAAACACCACAAGCCCUGUGUCCCUCGCCUUCGACAAAGAUGAUGAAGGACCCUAUGUGAUUACUUCUGAUGGUCUAGUCGUCAAACACGCCCCCAAUAUUGGUUUUCUGAAAAUGGCUACCUUUAAAUUUCAAAGAGGAAACAAAACUAAGCAAGGCUUGACCGAUGCUUGCGAAAGGCCACGAGGCAUGGCCUUUAACAAUUUGGGUAACAAAAUCUACUUUGCUGAUGCAUAUGACGGACUCUUUGUUGUGCGUUUUAAUAGUUUAAAGAAGAGAGAGGUGCCAAGGUUAGCAAUCCAUCUUGCCACCAGUGUAAAGGGAGUGCCACUCGGCUUCCUCAGUGGUUUGGAUGUCGACCCCAAAACUGGAAUGCUUUAUUUGACAGAUGCUACUUCUGUUUACGGGCUAAGGAUCCAGAAGUAUUGGCUCAAAGGUCCAAAAGCUAAUAUAGCAGAAACAAUUUACUUUGGGCACCGGGUGGCACAUCCGAUUCACAUAAGGAGAACCAAAUCUGGACAGUUUUGGGUGGCAACGAACCCUAACCUGUUCAAAAACGUUACGGUUCCCACUGCAGUUCUAAUUGAUUCAUCUGGGAGUUUUGUGCUGAAAAAGGUGAGCCUUGAUGAUCAAUACAACCAAAGUUCCGUCAGUGAAGUUCAAGAGGCCCUUGGGACACGCUAUGUGGGAUCUUUUGGUGUGAAUUAUAUUGGUGCUUUCAAUAUGUAA